UUUCACUUUCCCGGAAAUUUCCGCCUCGCUUAACUUCUCCCCUAAUUUUCCUUCCCUUCCUUUAUAACUCCACUCUCCUUCUCUUCUCCACUUUCACCAUUCCAAAUUCCCUGUUACUCGAAUCACAGUAAACCCAGUUCGUGAAAUCGGAUUCGAAUUUUCAGAGAUGGACAACAAUCAGCAAUCGUCGUUCUGGCAGUUCAGCGACCAGCUGAGGGUGCAGGCCAACAACCUAGCGAACCUCUCGCUCAACGAUUCGAUCUGGAGCAGCUCCUACGCCAACAAGCGGCCGGAGCAGCGCCGGAACUUCGACAUCCGGGUCGGAGCCGAGCUCAAUAACAGCAAUUCUCCUUCUCCUCCCAUCGCCGCCGGCAAGCCCCAGGUAGGCUCCGAUUGGAACGGAUUCAACGACGGCUGGAAGGUCGGGUCGGGUUCGGUAACCGGGUCGAACACCAAUUUUACCGGUUUGUUGAAUAACAACAACCACCACUCCGUGAUCGGCGGCGGCGGCGGGGGAAGUGGAUCUCACCCGAUGAACGUCGGCCUGAACGGCGGGUUCAACAAGGGGAUCUACUCCAAGGGUGGAUUGAACAACGGGGGUUUCAAUUUUAAUGUGAAUCCGAGGGCCGGGAAGAACGGCAAGGGUUUUGGGAUUGAAGAUGAGCAGCAGAAUCAUCUCGUCGGCGGGAAGUUCGGCAAGAAGAACGGCGGAAAGAAGAACAACGACAGCAACGAUACCGGGAAAGAAGGGAAAGAUGGGAAACAGAAUGGGGUUGACAAGAGGUUCAAGACUCUCCCGCCGGCAGAAGCUCUCCCCCGGAACGAGACGAUCGGCGGGUAUAUCUUCGUCUGUAACAACGACACCAUGGCUGAGAAUCUCCGCCGGCAGCUCUUUGGUUUGCCGCCGCGUUACAGGGACUCGGUGAGGGCGAUUACGCCAGGAUUGCCGCUUUUCCUCUACAACUACUCCACCCACCAGCUCCAUGGAAUUUUCGAGGCAGCGAGUUUCGGAGGGUCGAACAUCGAUCCGUCAGCGUGGGAGGACAAGAAAUGUGCAGGGGAAUCAAGGUUCCCUGCACAGGUCAGAGUGGUAACCAGGAAAAUCUGCGAGCCACUGGAAGAGGACUCAUUCCGGCCGAUUCUCCAUCAUUACGACGGCCCAAAGUUCCGCCUCGAGCUCAACGUGCCCGAGGCGCUCUCGCUUCUCGACAUCUUUGGUGAUCAGAAGGCCUGAACAUAAUACCAGCAACCUGAUGAAGGAAGAAGUCCUGAAACAAGAGAAUGGGAAAUGGAAGGAGUUUUACUAUAGAGGGUUAGUUGUUACAGGCAAAUAUGGACCAUGGAAACAACUACAGUACAUGACAUGAAGAAGAAGAAGAAUGGGAAGGAUAUUCUAUACAUAGAUGAAUAUGUAUACAGUUUAUAUAUAUGUGUAAGCCGUAUUUCCAUGUAACAUAUUUUUGGGAUGUGAGGGCUUCCUCGACAUAUAUAUUCGUCCUUCUAGUUCGAUGUUCAUGUUGUUUUGGCACAUAUAAAUAAUCAAAAGAAUAUCUAAUAAGAGCUCAAACUUGUGUUGAUGAUCACUGAUCAGUUCUUCCUUCCCCAUGUACUGCAGAAUUUACUCACAGGAGCUUG